CGUCUCUUUUGGCCCCAGUGGCUAACCGUCGCCGGGGCGGAGGCCUCCGAUAGUUGACAGAAUGGCGUCGGCGACACCAGAUUCCCAGGCCCGAUUUGGUCAGUCAGUGAAGGGGCUCCUCACGGAGAAAGUGAAUACCUGUGGAACCGACGUGAUCGCACUUACCAAGCAGGUGCUGAAGGGCUCCCGGAGCUCCGAGCUGCUAGGUCAGGCAGCUCGAAAUAUGGUCCUGCAGGAAGAUGCCAUCCUACACUCGGAAGAUAGUUUACGGAAGAUGGCAAUAAUCACCACACACCUUCAGUACCAGCAAGAAGCUAUUCAGAAGAACGUUGAGCAGUCGUCAGAUCUACAGGACCAGCUGAAGCACCUGCUGAAAUAGACUGGCAUGGAGGAGGUGAUCGCACUUCUUUGCCUGAUGCAGCAAGGAGCCAUCUUGCUCAGCUAUGGGUUUUAUCUUCCAUUUUUGUCUCUAAGGUGUUGAUGUAAUCUCUCCUGAAAAGGAGUGACAUGGUUUGAGUUUUAGAAGCACUUCUUCAGUUGGACUAACCUAUGCUCUUGAAUUUUUAAGUUGCUCUGUUUAUUUGGUAUUAAAGCAAGAUAAAAAUCCA